CUUCCCCCACCCUGCAAGGCCACUCAGCCAUGUGCAAGCCAGAGUAAUCUUUAUUCACAAUGUCUUUACAAAGGCUUAUGCAACAAAGCAGCAAUGGCAAUUUGGUGGACUACUGUGCGGGUUCAGCAUAUAGCUCUUACCCCACACUUACAGGAAAUCUUACCAUGGAUGAUAACAGAAGGAUUCAAAUGCUGGCAGACACUGUGGCUACUUUGCCUCGAGGACGAAAGCAGCUUGCUUUGACCAGAUCAAGUUCUUUGGGUGAUUUUUCCUGGUCUCAAAGAAAGCUUGUUACUGUGGAAAAGCAGGACAAUGGAACAUUUGGAUUUGAAAUUCAGACCCACAGGCUCCAGAAUCAGAACAUCUGCUCCUCGGAAAUGUGCACUAUGAUCUGCAAAAUACAGGAGGACAGUCCAGCUCACUGUGCUGGUCUGCAAGCUGGUGAUGUCCUUGUAAAUAUCAAUGGAGUGAGCACAGAAGGCUUUACACACAAGCAAGUGGUUGACCUGAUCAGAUCCUCAGGAAACAUGCUAAGGAUAGAGACUCUUGAUGGAACAAUGAUUCUCAGAAGAACAGAACUUGAAGAAAAGCUGCAGGUUUUAAAGCAAACCUUGAAGAAAAAAUGGGUGGAGUUCAGAUCUCUGCAGUUACAGGAACAGCGCCUGCUUCAGGGUGAUGCCGGUAGCUGCCCAAGUUUGGAAAACAUGGACAUGGAUGACUUGUCUUUGUUUGGAAUCCUGCCUGGGCCAGCCCCAGCUCUCAUGGACCAGGAUCGAUUAUCCAGUGUGAGCAGCUGUAAGAGCUGGCUCAGCUCCAUGACAGUGGACGGCGAGGAUGGCUACCAGAUGAGUGUGUCUGAGGACUCGAGCCAGGGCGCCUUCAGCCGCCAGACGAGCACUGACGACGAGUGCUUCGUCUCCAAGGAGGGGGAGGAGUUUCUGAGGAGGUCUUCCUCAAGAAGGAACCGGAGCAUCAGUGCCACCAGCAGUGGGUCCCUGUCUCCCUUGUGGGAAGGCAAUUACUCAAGCAUGUUUGGGACUCUACCCCGGAAAAGCAAAAGGGGAAGUGUUCGGAAGCAACUCUUGAAAUUCAUUCCUGGCCUUCACCGAGCCGUGGAAGAGGAAGAGUCCCGCUUUUGAUAGGUCGUACUGCCCUUUUGGAUUGGCUCCUUUCACAAUUAUCUCUAGACUCCACCAGAUCAGCUCCACCCAGCUCAGUGGGAAAGCACAGAUGGAUUGCAAAACUGAUGUCCUGUUUCACAGCUAUGGUGACCUUUAUUUAAGAAUUUUUGAUUUUUGAAUCAUUUUUUUCAGCCAGAGCAGCUAAAGUUUUAGGCAGACUUUAGGGAAAUUAAGUAAAAAGUUAGGUAAUAAAACAAAUUAAUACGAGUGCCUGGUUCUAAUGCUGCCUAUGAAAGCAAGACUAAUAUUUACUUUCUAGAUUACGCAUAUGAAAAAUUGAGAAUUUUUUAGAGUCAAGUGUGAACAAGGAGUGACAGAAUAUAAUGAUUUGGCCACAGAACCUUGUUUGCUUAAACUUGGUAGCCUCUGGAGAACCCUAGGAAAAGGAAGUUUUGAAUGUUUCUGUUCAGAUAUUUAAAGGGUUAUAAGCAAAGAUGAACAUCAGCAUUUUUUCACAUCCAUAGUUAUAAUAAAGCAGGAAGCAUAAGAUUUAAUAUAAAGGGUUAUGCUUCAUGAGGACCAAUGAAACAUAGGGUCUGAGAUGGGUGCUAAGGAAGAUCACAGAAAGAUCUUUGUUACGGGACGUCUAAAUAAAAUGGGUGGGAAUCUAAUUCUUUUUGUCCAAUUCAAAUUUCAUUCUGUCUGAACAGUGACAACACAGUCUGAAUUCUCAGCAUCCUACGCCUUUGUGAUUGUUGUGUCUAAAAUCCAAAAAAGUUAAGUUAGGAAAAGAUUUUCCCUCCCGUAGAUUUUUUUUUCACAUUAUUUCUUACUUUAUAUAUUCCAGAUGGUUAACCACCUCAGCACUCUAUCAAUUUGUAUCAAUUAUAGUUUUUCAGUCAUACUAUAUUUUAUUCACUAUUCAUUAAAAUCCAUGGUUUCUUUGU